AUGGAGAAGAGCUCCAGCUGCGAGAGCUUGGGCUCUCAGCCCGCGGCAGCGCGGCCGCCCAGCGUGGACUCGCUCUCCAGUGCCUCUACCUCUCAUUCGGACCAUUCAGCACAUAUAAAAUCAGCUUCUGUCAUAUCUUCGGAUUCUAUUUCAACUUCUGCAGACAACUUUUCUCCAGACUUGAGGGUCCUGAGGGAGACUAACAAAUUAGCAGAAAUGGAAGAACCACCUUUGCUUCCAGGAGAAAAUAUUAAAGAUAUGGCCAAAGAUGUUACUUAUAUAUGCCCAUUCACUGGGGCUGUACGAGGAACUUUGACUGUUACAAAUUAUCGGUUGUAUUUCAAAAGCAUGGAAAGGGAUCCUCCAUUUGUUUUAGAUGCUUCACUUGGUGUGAUCAGUAGAGUAGAAAAAAUUGGUGGUGCUUCUAGUCGAGGUGAAAACUCUUAUGGAUUAGAAACUGUGUGCAAGGAUAUUCGGAAUCUACGGUUUGCUCAUAAACCAGAGGGGCGAACAAGAAGAUCCAUAUUUGAGAAUCUAAUGAAAUAUGCAUUUCCUGUGUCCAAUAACUUGCCUCUCUUUGCAUUUGAAUACAAAGAGGUAUUUUCAGAAAAUGGAUGGAAGCUCUAUGACCCUCUUUUGGAAUACCGAAGGCAGGGGAUUCCCAAUGAAAGUUGGAGAAUUACAAAGAUUAAUGAACGUUAUGAACUGUGUGAUACAUAUCCGUCUCUUCUGGUGGUGCCAGCAAAUAUUCCAGAUGAGGAACUGAAGAGAGUGGCAUCUUUCAGAUCAAGGGGCCGGAUCCCAGUUUUAUCAUGGAUUCAUCCUGAAAGCCAAGCAACAAUCACACGAUGUAGUCAGCCCAUGGUUGGCGUGAGUGGAAAGAGAAGCAAAGAAGAUGAAAAAUAUCUUCAAGCUAUCAUGGAUUCUAAUGCUCAGUCCCAUAAAAUCUUCAUUUUUGAUGCACGACCAAGUGUUAAUGCUGUUGCUAAUAAGGCUAAGGGUGGUGGUUAUGAAAGUGAAGAUGCAUAUCAGAAUGCAGAACUAGUUUUUCUGGAUAUCCACAACAUUCAUGUCAUGAGAGAAUCAUUGAGAAAACUGAAAGAGAUUGUAUACCCAAACAUUGAGGAAACUCACUGGUUAUCUAACUUGGAAUCUACUCAUUGGCUAGAACACAUCAAGCUCAUUCUUGCUGGGGCUCUUAGGAUUGCUGACAAGGUGGAAUCGGGUAAAACCUCUGUGGUUGUGCACUGCAGUGAUGGGUGGGACCGAACUGCCCAGCUCACCUCCUUGGCCAUGCUGAUGCUGGAUGGUUAUUAUCGAACCAUCAGAGGAUUUGAGAUUCUUGUGGAAAAAGAGUGGUUGAGCUUUGGACAUCGAUUUCAACUAAGAAUUGGCCACGGAGAUAAGAACCAUGCAGAUGCAGACAGAUCACCUGUUUUUCUUCAGUUUAUUGAUUGUGUCUGGCAGAUGACAAGACAGUUUCCCACAGCAUUUGAAUUUAAUGAAUAUUUUCUGAUUACCAUAUUGGACCACCUAUACAGCUGUUUAUUUGGGACAUUCCUGUGUAGCAGUGAGCAGCAGAGAGGAAAAGAGAAUCUUCUCAAAAGGACUGUGUCCCUGUGGUCCUACAUCAACAGCCAGCUGGAGGACUUCACCAAUCCCUUGUAUGUGAGCUACUCCAAUCAUGUCCUUUAUCCAGUGGCGAGCAUGCGCCACCUAGAGCUCUGGGUAGGCUAUUACAUCAGAUGGAACCCACGGAUGAAACCCCAGGAACCUAUCCACAGUCGAUAUAAAGAACUUCUUGCCAAACGAGCAGAGCUUCAGAAGAAGGUGGAAGAACUACAGAGAGAGAUCUCGAGCCGCUCAGCUUCAUCCUCAGAGAGGGCUAGUUCUCCUGCACAGUGUGCCACACCAGUCCAAACUGUCGUAUAAAAGAUUUUUUUUUUUUUGGCAGGGAAGAACUUUUAUCACUGAUUUCUUUAUGACGGCAGCUUUUCUAGUAGAAUGUCUUCUGAAUUUAGAACCCAUCUGAGAGAGCUCUCAGCCACUUUAUUUAUUAUGCUCCUCUCUAGGGUGACUUACUUUAGUAUUGCAAGUAGCUUAUUUAAAAUAACCCCCUCCCCCCAUGUAAUUACUUGAUUAUGUUCUGAUAACACUAAUCCCACCAAGACACCUACAGGCUAUUAGAAUGCUUCACCCCUUUUAUCCAGAAUGGGAACAAGUUUGUUUUUAAUAGGAAAAUAUUGCUUUGGAAAUUCAACAUUAUUUACUGGAAAUAGUAUAAAAGUUGUCUCGUAAGUGUACCCAACUGAGGGGGGCAAAAGUAGCAAAACACAGAAUAAAUCAGUUCACAAGAAGAUUAAGCGAAUGCUAAGACUUUAACAGGGCUCAUGGCAUUAAGUGACGGGUCACAGAUCUCUCACUUUGGAUUUUUUCCUGUCAGCAACAGUUGGCUUGUCCUUUUCUCUUAAUCUCUUCCUUUGCCCAUGUUCUUUAUAAUGUGAAAGGCCAAGUUUUGAGGCUAUUAUGGGAUGGUGACAGCUACAAAUUAUUAAACUUUAUCAUUGUGUCAGAUUUAUUAUGGUUCUAAAAUGGGGCCUUAUAGAAAAUAUGAUGGACUCUUUAGUUAAUUAACAGCUCUUCAAGUUUACUUCAUUCCCCCCAUCUCCCACCAGUUUUAUUAAUUAUAGCUAGAAAUAGGAUCAUGAGAGAUUGAGCUGUUUAGAUUUUAAAAACACAAAUCUAUCCAACUUUAGUUCAGAUGCUAAUUUUUUUUUUUGGUCAGAGGCACUAUAUCAAGGUAACCGGUAGGCAUAAAACUAGUCUGAAAUUCCUGCUAGAUUGCCCCCCUACCUCCCACCUGACUUUUAUGUAUAAUUUGAGAUCAGUGAUAUACCAAGUACGUUUACUACUUUUUUCCCAUAAUGAAUCCAAUAAUUCCACUGAAUGAUUAAACCUACCAACCAAAGAAACUAUUGCAUGUAAAAACAUGUAUUUAUUACAAUCUCAGUGUAAGUAGAACCUUGAUUUUCUUUAGUCGGCUACAGUAAGAUUUCAGCAAUGGUAUAUAUAAAUACUUGAUUCCCUGCUGUCUACUAAGAGCCAUGUAUAAUUGUACUGUAACAAAAAUGAGCUUGUUGCCCCUUGGGUCUUUAAUUAAAACAGAAUUCAGCUUUGUGGCAAAUUGUCUUAUUACUUAAAUAAAUACGUUUUAAAGAGGAAAAA